GUUCAGUGCAGUGAAACACGCGUGUAGGGCUGAGCGUGCCCGCGUGUAUUAGACAUGUUAUAAAACAAAUGUGUAUUAGAUAUAUUCUGCUAUAGUACGUAGAGAUACUUAUAUCAUGAGGGUGGUUAUCCACUAGAGCAGUGAUUUUCAACCGCUGUGCCGCGGUACACUAGUGUGCCGCCAGCGGUUCUCAGAUGUGCCGCCACAGAUGCCCGAUGCCUAGCCGCUGACAUCACCAAUUGCCAUCCCCACACUGCUUUUGACUGCGCUGGACUGCGGCCCGUAACCUAUGACACGCAGCGUGACUCGCGCAUGCCAUGUCAUCUGCCCGCCCGUCCAUCCGCUUACCUGUCCGCUGUCUCACCCUGUGCUGCUCCUCCGGCUGCAUGCACUCCAGACGCUGAGGCAGGGAGAGGGAAACAUGAGCUGUCCGCUCACCUGCCGGCUGUCUCACCCCGUGCUGCUCCUUGCUCCUCCGGCUGCAUAAACUCCAGUGGCUGAGGCAGGGAGAGGGAAACAUGAGCUGUCCGCUCACCUGCCGGCUGUCUCACCCCGUGCUGCUCCUUGCUCCUCCGGCUGCAUAAACUCCAGUGGCUGAGGCAGGGAGAGGGAAAUGAGCUUCAUAUCCACUGACUCCCAGCAUUUCAGGAAAUAGUGACCCCUGCCAUAGAUAAUGGAAAUAAGCUCAGAGAUUCUGGAAGUUCAGGGUCAACUAAAAAAGAUUUUACGCAGUGAACAGCAGGGGGCACUGUGGCCAGUAAUACAGAACUACAACUCCCAGAAUCCCUCACAGCACAACUGAUAUGUCUGCUGGUGGACAGGCUCACAGCUGAAUUGUGUAACCAUAAGAUUACAUCUUUGUUCAUUCACACACCAAAAUAACACCAACAAAAUGAAACCUACAAGAAUCUUACUUGCUCAAAAUUUAAGCUUUCCACUUAAAUUUCCACUUAGCCUGAGCAAAUCUCUGUGGCUUCAGUUCCCAGACUUCUGCCCAUAUUCAAGCUUCAAGCACAAUAGGAACAUCAAGGACUGCUACAGACUUAUGAAUGUAUCUGAGGACUGCUCAGUAGAUGAGAUCAGAGAUUCCUAUAGAACUUUAGCAAAGAAAUAUCAUCCGGACAGUGGUUCCACCACUGCCGACGCCAACAUGUUUGUGCAGAUCGAUGAAGCCUACAGGGAAUUGCUGACACACUUGGAACGAGAGUCUAAAAAAAGACAACCACUUGAUGAUGAUGAAGAUGAGAAGACAUCAAACUAUAAAAUGCCACAGCACAGACAUUACUUGAGCUAUGAAGGAGUUGGGUAUGGCACGCCGAGCCAAAGGCAGAGACAGUACAUACAGUUCCGCGUCGAUAGGGCCUCUGACCAAGUUUUAGAUUUCCAAAAGCAGAAGCUCGAGCGACAGUAUGCCGAGAACUCAAUGUUGGCAAGAAAUGUAAGGCAGAGCAAGAAGGUGAAAAUAACUCAAGCCAUCGAGCGUUUGGUAGAGGACCUCAUCCAGGAAUCCAUGGCAAAGGGAGACUUUGACAACCUCCGUGGCAAGGGAAAACCUCUAGACAAGUUCUCAUAUUGUCCACAUAUUGACCCCAUGACUCAUAAUCUCAACAGGAUAUUGAUAGACAACGGUUAUCUGCCCGAAUGGAUUGUUUUGCAAAAGGAAAUCCGAGAAACUAUAGAUAAACUGAGAAACGAGUUGGUGGCCUCUCGUAAGAAGCUAGGAGACCCCAUGACCUAUGCGAAGGAGAACCAAUGGACGGAGCUUUGUGAGCAUUUCAAAGAUGACAUAACAAAGCUAAACAAGAAAAUCAAUGAUUUUAACCUUGUCGUACCCCUACUGAACAGACAAAUGGUCCAUUUUAAUGCGGACAAAGAGCUGUUGCGAGCAGAGCAGGCCUAUUUCUCCCUGAGAGAUGAAAUGCGGUCCGUAGAGAAGGCAGAAGAUGAUAAGCACAGGGACAAUAAGCAGGUCAACCUUAGGGAGUUAUUAGUAAGCUGGAUAGUGCAGCUGAAGAAGCUCAGGGAUUUCAUUAAACAAGAUAAGCAAUAAUGGACAUGCUGUCUUUUGUUUUU